AUUGUGAAAAUUUCCUCGCAGUGAAUAUGAACAAAAUUUUUCGUCGUGGCAAUUUAUAUUGUGCAAUAAUAAAGUAAUUGUGAAAAUUUAGUGAAUAAAUUAUGAAAAGUCUGUAAAUUGCACAUGAGGGAACAGUUUAGCUUUGAAUAAAUGUGCAUUAAAAGUUCUUAAAGGACUGAAAAUCAUUUAGAAAAUAUUAAACUGCUGGAGAGAAAGAAAAGUCCUUGAGAUAUGGAAAAUUUGAGAUACAAAAUAAUUGUUAUAUAAUAUAUAAAUCGAUGAAUUUAUUUCUGAAGAACUUAUAAACAUUUAAUGAAUUGUAAUAAAAACAUCUAGCUAGUAAAUUGAUUAGGAUUAUUAGAUAAAGUUAAUUAUAUUAGUUUAUGAGAUCGGGUAGAAGUGGAAGCAAAAACAAAAUGGAAAAUGAUUGCGAAGAUUUUGCAAUUAAGUGAGGCGGAACUCAGUCAACUUGCAAACUAAGAUAAUAGUUAACUAGACAUAGGAAGAAUAGAAAAAGAAUUAAUAGCAUUUAAGGCUGAUGGAGCCCACACUGGAACAAGAAGUGAAGCUUUCGAGACGAGCUUGUUGGAAGGGUUUAAACUCCAGUGAUGACGAAACUUCACUUAAAAACUGUGACGACAGUUUUAAAGAAACAUUAAACUUAAACACAAUUAAAAUAACUGGAUCAUUCCAGAAGUUAUGUCAAUUCGUUACAAAUAUCUUAGUUGUUAACUUAAAUAUUUUUCUGUUGGAAUUUCCACGAGGGAAAAUGACGAUGUUAUCAAAAAAACAUUUGAUUACCUUGGUGCUGAUAAAUGUGCUCUUAAUCAAUUGUGGAUAUGCAAAUGCUAGGCCAAACUUAGAAGCAAGCUUAAAUUCUGAUGAUGCUGUUCAACCACAAAAUCUUGCACCACCUGAUCUAAGCAGUUCAUCUAUUGAUGGCCGAAGUCAUGAUGAUAUUGAUUAUAAAACUGCUAGCUUAGCUUUAGUUGAUCAUGACUCAAAAGUUGGCCAUGCGAAAGCUGGUGGUCAUGAAGUUCCAGAACGUUAUCCAAUUACAUCAAUUGAUUUUGGACGAGUGGAAACGCCUUUCAUCAUUAGUGUCUGGAUAUUGUUUGCUAGCAUCGCUAAAAUCGGCUUUCAUAUGGCACCCAAGAUAAACAAAGUUCUUCCGGAAUCUUCACUACUGAUUGUUGUUGGUGUAAUUAUCGGACUGAUUCUCUACAUGUCAACUCAAUUCCACGUUUCACCACUUACUCCCAACACAUUCUUCUUGUAUCUGUUGCCACCUAUCAUCUUAGAUGCUGGAUAUUUCAUGCCAAAUCGAUUAUUCUUUGAUAACAUUGGCACUAUCUUACUUAUGGCUGUGAUUGGAACAAUUUUUAAUGUGACGACGAUUGGUGGCUCGUUAUAUUUAUGCGGUAAAAUGGGAGUUUUUAAUGGCAUCGAAACGCCUUUUCUCGACAUUUUCCUUUUCGCAUCGUUAAUUUCUGCUGUCGAUCCAGUUGCCGUACUUGCAGUCUUUGAAGAGAUUCAUGUCAACGAAAUCUUGUACAUUGUUGUUUUCGGCGAAUCGCUUCUCAACGAUGCUGUUACUGUUGUACUUUAUCACAUCUUUGAAACUUAUCAUGUGAUGGAAUUUAAUGACGUUCAAGUUCAAGUUCAAGAUAUUGUCAACGGAGUGCUUUCAUUCAUUUGCGUUGCCUUUGGUGGUUGUAUUAUAGGUGUGGUUUGGGGAUUCUUGACUGGUCUUGUGACACGAUUUACAGACCAUGUUCGUGUUAUUGAACCAAUUUUUGUUUUCAUCAUGGCUUAUUUAGCGUACUUAAAUGCAGAAAUAUUCCAUUGGAGUGGUAUAUUGGCAAUAACUUUUUGUGGUAUCACAAUGAAAAAUUAUGUGGAGGCUAAUAUAUCGCACAAAUCCCAUACAACAAUCAAAUAUGCCUUGAAAAUGUUGAGCAGCUCAUCGGAAACAAUUAUUUUCAUGUUCCUUGGAGUUGCAACAGUCAACAACAACCAUGAGUGGAACACAUGGUUCAUCAUCCUGACAAUAGUUUUCUGUUCUGUUUUCCGAAUUAUUGGUGUCAUCAUACUUGUUGCAAUGGCAAAUCGUUUCCGAAUACACAAAUUGUCAAAAGUCGAUCAAUUUGUGAUGUCAUAUGGCGGGUUAAGAGGAGCAGUUGCCUUCGCACUUGUGCUUUUAAUAGAUCCAGCAACAGUGAAACUCCAACCACUUUUCGUAACAACAACAAUAUGCGUGAUAUAUUUUACUGUCUUCUUGCAAGGUAUAACAAUUAAACCACUUGUUAGAAUUUUAAAUGUGAAACGAGCAGAAAAACGAAAACCAACGAUGAAUGAAAGAAUUCACGAACGCUUCAUCGAUCAUAUGAUGGCCGGCCUUGAAGAUAUCGUAGGAAAAACCGGUAACUACAAUGUCCGAGAUAAGUUUAAGAGGUUUGAUAACCGCUUCGUUCGUCCAUAUUUGAUAAGAGAUCUUCAGGGAGCCGAGCCAAAAAUUCUGGAAACUUAUUCCAAGCUUGCUAUGAAAGAUGCAAUGGAAUAUAUGCGACGAAAUCCAUCAACUGUAGGACAAAUGUCAGGAACAGAAUCAAUGAGUGCUUUGUUCAGAAAUUACACAGGAAUUCUUGGUGGCAGUCCCAGCUUUUCCAACUUUGAAAAUUCAACGAGAAAUCUUGACAUGCAGGAACUUGAUUAUAAUCCAUCGAAGAAAGAUCUUACAGACGCAAAGAUUCAUCAUUUACUUGCCGAAGAAUUGAAACCUUACAGACGGCAUCGUCGCUUAAGCUACAGCAGACAUGCAGUUGAUGACAGGGAUUUGUCAACACAGGUGAACUACAAAAUGCGAAUGAACAUCAGACGAAUGGCGCAAGGUGAUAGAAAGCAUCACAAGCGAAGUAAAAGACUUAACAAGGAUGGAAGCAAACAGAAUCAUGUAUCAUUCCCCGAAUUCCAGCAAAACGGAUCGGCAAAGCAAUUUGCGAACGACUACAUUAAUGAAGUUUUACAUGAAAAUGAAGAAGAUGGCAGACACACUCAAUCUGAUGACUGGGAAGGUGGACUUACAUUCAUUGCCAAACCAUCUCAUGAAAGCAGUGGAACAUCUGAAAUGCCUAACAAUGAAGUUAAACGAUUCUCUCGUGAUUCUGAAGGUGAAAACGCUUCUACGCCAACAGCAACUGAAUCGAUAUUGCCUUGGAAACGUGGUGAAGAUGAUAGAGAAGAAAAUGGUGCCAUCCAACAAACAGAAUUUCCUGCUUGGGCUAAUAAUAAAGAAUAUUUAGCUUACAGUUCACCAAGUGCUACUUUCUUAGGUGGUAUUGCCAAACCUAAACAGAAUUCUGUAAUAGGAUUAUUCAGGACAUCAAUUUCGGGUCAAGGGCAAAGUGGAGAUUCUGAUUCAUCGAUGAAAUCAUCAGGAAACACUCCUGUUGGAAGAGAACUUCGAUCGGCUUCGAUUGCCCAUACUGGCGUUAUUUACGAUGUCGAUGCUGUCGGUCACGCAGGCCAAUUCCCAGUCACAGCAAGUCAUCGACGCAACACAAGAAGAGGUUCAAUGCUGGAGGUUUCUGGACUUGUGUUAAAGGAACGUCGACCAAGUCUUGUAGUAGGUGGACGUCGGCCAAGUCUAGGCGGGCGUCGGGCAAGUCGACGAAUUGCUCCAAUGCCAUUCCUUGAAAACAUUGAAAACAUCGAAGUGGAUUCUGACAACGAUUCUGAUAAAGACACAAGACUUUAACAUCUUUUUUUUGUUAUUAAUUUUUAUUCUAUUUCUUGUCAUCAUAAGCUUGAUGACUUGAGAAAGACAAACAUUUAAUUUACUCCCUUGUAGUACUAAAAGCAUGGUUCUUUAUCUUACCUUAGCAUGUUAUUCCUUCAAUUAUGUUUUGAAAAGAACGAAUACUUCAACUAAAAGUUUACAGUUCGAUUAAUUAUGAUCUUUAUUUAGCAUGAUGCAUUUGAGAAGCGUAUUAAUUAGUAAAUAGUAGAUAGAAGCAAUAUUAGCUUACAGUAGUUAGUAAUGUAAUUAAUUAGAUGUUUUAAUUGUGAGCUUUUAUUAGCAAGCGGUAGCUUUCGAAAGACAUGAGAAGCUUUCGAGUAUCGUCUGUUGAUUCGCACAUACAGUAAUUAAGAAAAUUUAUGAUGUUAACUUUUAUGUACAUAAUAAAUGUCCACACAUCAAAGUUGAUAUUCUUCUAUAAAUAAAUAAAAAAAUAAUCAACGAUUUGUGAAUUUGAAAUGCUCGCUUUUCGGGAAGGCAACGCAAAAAGCUUUUAAAAUUUUAUUUAACUUUUCAACUUUGCAAAUUUCUUUUAUUUUUUUUUGAUAUUGCUUAUUCCAACAACAGGGAUGCGAUCCCCGAAGAAAGUCAAAUCACAACAAAAUCCCUUCCAACAAGAGGACAACAAAGAUUGAUUCUUGCGAAACAAAGUCCAAAAAGUACCAGAAGUCGUCAAAGCAACAUCCAAACAGCUUCACUUUUAGCACAUAACUCAAGCUCUGAUUCAGACAAUUCGGAUGUUGAGAGAGGGAAACUCAUGAAGACUAAAUUAAAGAAGAAGUUCUCAGUUGGCGAUAGUGAUGAUGACGAUGACGAUGAUGAUGACGAUGAUGAACAAGAAGGGCUUCGAAUGAAACGAACUUGAGAAUUUCAUAAAUAUUUGAGGCUUCAAAA